CUUCCCAUCUCCCUCCACUCAGCAGCUGCGGCCCUGAAAGAGAGGGGAAAGCCCCAAGUCAGAAUGGCAUCUCAGAGCUGGCGGUUUUGAGGGGCGGCGGCCGUUUUUGGUAAGCCAGUAGCCCAAAAGAUGAAGAUAAGCUGGUCUGCAUAUGACACAUUUGAAGCUAAUUUCAAACCUUUGGUGGUGAUUGAGCUUGCGGAAAACACCAGAGAUGAAACCAAAGAAUGGCUGACGCAAAAGAUUGUGGAGAAGAAGAAAAAUGGAGGAGCCCAACUUCUGGUUAAACCUUUGGUGGAAGAUGGGAAAAAAAUAGAUGGAAACCAGAACAUAUAUCUUGUUGGAGCAUCUCACUUGAGGCUGCUUCUAGGAGCUGAAACGGUGGGACUGGUGAAAGAAUGUAAUGACAAUACAAUGAGAACAUUUACGUAUAGCAGUAGAAAAACCUUCAAAAAUUUUGCAGAGGACAAUCAUGAUUUCCUUACAAUGGCAGAGUGUCAGUACAUCAUCAAACAUGAACUGGAAAAUCUGAGAGCCAAAGAUGAAAAAAUGAUCCCUGGUUAUCCACAGGCAAAGCUUUAUCCAGGAAAAUCAAUUAUGCGAAGGCUUCUAACCAAUGGUAUCUUAGUUCAUAUUUUUCCACUUCAUGAUACAGAAGAAUUAAAGAAACUCGGGCACACAUGGUAUGGCCAGCUGAAAAUUAGUUACCAGCCAUUAAAUGAAAUUUGCAGCUAUUUUGGUGAAACGAUUGCUUUCUAUUUUGCCUUUUUGGAGUAUUUUACAUUUGCUUUGGUUCCAAUGGCUGUUAUUGGAAUUCCUUAUUAUUUUUUUGCAUGGGAAGAUUAUGACAAGUAUGUGAUGUUUGCAACCUUCAAUCUGCUUUGGUCUACGGUUAUCCUUGAAGUUUGGAAGCGUUGCUGUGCUGUGAUGGCCUACAGAUGGGGGACACUGUUGAUGAAGCGACAGUUUGAAGAACCCAGGCCUGGGUUUCAUGGAGUUUUGGGCAUCAAUCUGGUGACAGGGAGAGAGGAGCCAGUGUAUUCUAGCUUCAAAAGACAGUUACGAAUUUAUUUAGUUUCCUUACCAUUCGUGUGCCUUUGCCUCUACUUCUCGCUUUAUGUCAUGAUGAUUUACUUUGACUUGGAAAACCAAGUAUAUUUAUAUCAUGAAGAGAACCAAUCUGAUUUAAGCAGCUUGCUGUUAUAUGUGCCUAGCAUAAUUUAUGCUGUUGUGAUUGAAGUUCUAAAUCGCAUCUAUCGAUAUGCUGCAGAGUUCUUAACUUCAUGGGAAAACCAUAGAUUGGAAUCUUCAUAUCAGAAUCACCUAAUUCUGAAAGUCUUGGUGUUCAACUUUUUAAACUGUUUUGCCUCUUUAUUCUACAUCGCUUUUGUCUUGUUUGAUAUGAAACUUUUGAGACAGAGCUUGGCAACUUUGCUGAUAACUUCACAAAUCCUUAAUCAAUGUGUAGAAGCCAUACUGCCUUACUGGCUCCAAAAGAGACGGAAUAAAACGGUUAAAAAAAAGGUGAAGUCAUUGGAAAUAGAUACCGACUUGUCUUUAUUUGAGCAAAUUAAUCUGGAAAAAGGAAUGGAUACUUACUUGGGUACUUUUGAUGACUAUUUGGAGCUGUUCUUGCUAUUUGGCUACGUGAGUCUUUUUUCAUGCGUCUACCCUUUAGCAGCUGUUUUUGCAGUGCUAAACAAUGUCACAGAGAUGUAUACUGAUGCCUUAAAAAUGUGCAGCAUCUUUAAACGACCAUUUUCAGAGCCUACAGCAAAUAUUGGUGUAUGGCAGCUUGCUUUUGAAGCAAUGUCUGUUAUAUCGGUAGUUACCAAUUGUGCCCUGAUUGGCAUGUCACCCCAAGUAAAUGCACUUUUUCCGGACUCAAAAACAGAACUUAUCCUGAUUGUAGUGUUGGCAGAGCAUUUAGUUCUGGCGAUAAAGUUUCUCAUGGCAUUUGCAAUCCCCGAUAAGCCACAAGAUAUUCGAAUAAAACUGGCAAGGCUAGAAUUUGAAUCACUGGAGGCACUCAAACAGCAGCAAAUGAAGCUGGCGACAGAGUCCCUGAAAGAAUGAACACCCUAAGAUGAUAUCCUAAGCAUCUGCCGAAUAGUAAAAUGUUACAAGUACUAACAUCAAGAAAUGCCUGAUCACUCCAUUUUAAUACUCCAUGAUAUAUUAUUACUUGCCUUUAUUUACCACUAGAAGGCUGAACCAACUUUUCCAUCCGCACCUCAUAUGACAUAGCACCUACCUGAAGCUUGUUCCAGAUCUGCCUACAAUCCACAAUAGCCACCAGUGUUACAAAAGGAUCUAAAAUCUCUAAAAGUUAUCAGUAUUAAGCAUAGUGAUAAUCCUGAAUUGCAACUUUUAAAAGGAGAAUUUUGGAGGCAGAAAUACUCACUUCAGUUUCAUAUCUCUUGUGGGAGUUAUUUUAUCCUCAUACUACAAUAUUUAACUAUCAUAUUAUUUUGUAGAUUUCUUAUUAAUUUUUCCAUAAAAAUAUGGGGGGGGAAAUCUAAAUCUUGUUUACUGUAUGAUGUGAAGUACAAAUUUCUUCCACAGGACCAAUUAGAGCAAGUUUUUAAAAAAAGAAAUGUGAACUGUAAAAUGUAUGAAACUGUAGAUUGCAGCAUUUCAGUGUGAAACUGUGCCUCCUUCAUAUUUGUUUUAAGGAACUGGAGAAGAAAGCAAAGUUCGCUUAUCUUAAUCUAAUGUACCAGUUAUACAGUCAUGCUUGUAUCUUCUUUCUACUCAGCAGUCAGCAUCAGUUUCUACUUGGCUGGAUCUUUAAACACAAGCUAUGUUAAUAAAUAAUGUCAUCAGAAUUGGCAAAAAACCCAUUAAAACAUGCAGUCAUUGUGAAUCUC